AUGGCCAGCAUUUCAGCAAUCCACAAGAUUCCACAGCUCACUUAUGGAUCAUUUUUGCCACUACAAGGUUCCAAAAGUUUAUUCCCAUUUCUAUACCAGAUGGUCCCCAAUGAAGCCUACCAGCACAUAGGUGUUGUACGGUUACUUCAGCAUUUCAGAUGGACCUGGAUUGGGCUUUGGGCUGUAGAUGAUGAUCGAGGAGAUAGGUUUUUACAGACAAUGAUGCCAUUGCUUUCCAUAAAUGGUAUCUGCUAUGCCUUCAUCACAAGAAUACCCAAAUGGAAUUAUGUGGAUGAGAUGAUAAACUUUGGUUUGCAGCUUUUGGAAAGCUAUGCAAAUAUCUUUGAGGGAAAAUCCAAUAAGGGAAAUCCCAGUGUAUUCUUUAUUUAUGGAGAGCCUCCAUCCUUUCAGAGUUUGAGAAUGCUGCUAUUUUAUGCACCUUUCUUGUCACUUCCGCCUCUGAAUAAAGUGUGGAUUGUUACGUCCCACUGGGAUUUUGCAUCACACUCUCUUCAGAAAAAUUGGGAUAUGCAAACCUUCCAUGGUUCUUUAUCCUUCACAGUUCACUCAAGUCAGUUAUUAGAUUUCCAUAAGUUCAUUCAUAAGUUAAGGCCAUCAUUGGCAAAAGGUGAUGGUUUUAUCCAGUUCUUCUGGGAGCAGGCCUUUAGCUGCUCAUUCAAAAUCUCGAAAGGACAGCAAGAGGAGGAAAACAACAAAUCUUGCACUGGGGAUGAGAAGCUGGAGGAACUUCCUGGAAUUUUGUUUGAAAUGGACAUGACAGGCCACAGCUACAAUGUCUACAAUGCUGUGUACAUUGUGGCACAUGCAUUACAUGCCAUAAAGAAAAGCAGCUCCAACAGUAGAAGGAUUAUUGAAGGAGGGGAACUGGCAUUUCCAAAUGUGCAAUCAUGGCAGGUGAAUUCGUUUCUAAGGCACAUCGCGUUCAAUAACUGUGUUGGAGAUUCUGUGCACUUUGAUGACAAUGGAGAAUUAGUUGCUUCUUUUGAUGUAACAAACUGGUGGAUUUUUCCCAAUGGCUCACUGGUUAGAGCAAAAGUUGGAAGACUGGAAUCUCAGGCUCCUUUAGGAAAAGAGUUAAUAAUCAAUGAUGACCAAAUUCUGUGGCAUCCAAGUUUUAACCAGGUGUUGCCUAUCUCUGUCUGCAAUGACAACUGCUAUCCUGGCUACAGCAGGAAAAAGAAGGAGGGAGAAAAAUUUUGCUGCUAUGAUUGUGCUCCAUGUGCAGAAGGGAUGAUCUCUAAGCAGAAAGAUAUGGAUGCCUGUGUCAAAUGUCCAGAAGAUCAGUAUCCCAAUAUGGACCAAACUCAAUGCAUUCCCAAAGCUGUAAACUACCUCUCUUACAAAGAAACAUUAGGGAUUACCUUAGCCAUCUUAGCUAUUUCCUUCUCUAUUAUCACAACUUUAAUACUUGGAAUUUUUGUGAAGCACAAGGACACUCCCAUAGUCAAAGCUAACAACAGGACCCUCACCUACAUCCUUCUCAUCUCUCUCCUUCUUUGCUUCCUCUGCUCCUUACUCUUCAUUGGACAGCCUGGAAAGGUCAUCUGCCUUCUCCGACAAACAGCCUUUGGCAUCAUAUUCUCUGUGGCCCUUUCCAGCACUUUGGCAAAAACCAUCACUGUGGUUUUGGCAUUCAUGGCAACCCAGCCAGGAUCCAGAAUCAGAAAAUGGGUGGGGAAGAGAAUGGCAAAUUCAAUUGUCCUCUCUGGCUCCUUUCUUCAAGCUGGCAUUUGUUCUCUUUGGUUAUGUACUUUCCCUCCAUUCCCAGAUAUGGACAUGCACUCAGUGACAGGAGAAAUGCUACUGGAAUGUAAUGAGGGUUCAGCUAUCAUGUUCUACUGUGUCAUAGGCUACAUGGGUUCCUUGGCCAUUGUCAGCUUCAUUUUGGCUUUUCUAGCCAGGAAGUUGCCAGACAGUUUCAAUGAGGCCAAAUUUAUCACUUUCAGCAUGUUGGUGUUUUGCAGUGUUUGGCUGACUUUUGUUCCAACCUACUUGAGCACCAAAGGAAAAUACAUGGUGGCUGUGGAGAUCUUCUCCAUCUUAUCAUCCAAUGCUGGGUUACUGGGUUGCAUCUUUUUUCCUAAAUGCUACAUCAUUGUACUGAGGCCAGAACUGAAUAACAGGGAGCUAAUAAUAAGGAAAACCAAAUGA